CAUAAAGGUCGCUGAAUUUUUGGGUCAUCAAUAUAAUAAAUUAUGUUCUGAUCGACUCAUUGUGAUUUAUACCUGAUUCAUAUCAAUCUCAUUAUUCGAUCGAAUGUUCACUUUAUGUUAAACGAACAAUUCCAAAUGUUCUUUCUUAUAUCUAGUAAUGAAUUAUCCGAGGGUUUAGCAUGAGAUUUAGUAUUAUGAUGUUGCUAGAAAAACGGGGUGAUCGGUUGGACAAAUUCAAAAGAAGAAGAACUUGAGAAUGAAUAAUACCAUACUAGUUAUUUCAAAUUUCAAUAACAAUGUUCGUUAAAGAUUAAAAUUCGAUGAUCAAUUUGUUCGCAAUCCCAACAUUUAGAGACCGUUUUAUGUAAUUCACCAUCAUAGUCAUAAAUUGUGAUGUUUGCUUCCAAAUUUGGUCUCAAGUCUCUAUUCUAUAUUCAAUUAUUCAUAGGUGGGAUGACAUACUCUUUUGUACUAUAUUUUAGUGGAUACCUUGUAUUUAAUACUACACAUCCCUACCACUAUCUAUACUAAGAGCACAUAACUUCUAAAAGAGUAUCACUCAUGGGUACAUCAGGAAAACAUUUCUCUGCAUUCUCAACUCUAGCCCUUUACUUGUGGUGCUUUAUGAUGAGCUGCUUCUACUUCCAUCUUGUUGAUGCCAAUUACCCUCCAAUAACUCCGACCAACAACGAGACGGACAGACUGGCAUUGCUCAAGUUCAAGUCCGUGAUCUCAAGCGACCCCCUCGGAGCCCUGAACUCGUGGAACGAUUCCACUCACUUUUGUGAGUGGCACGGUGUAUCUUGUGGUUCCACCACAGGACACGAUACCAGAGCCAGAGUCACGACUCUGGACCUGCGCCACCAAAAACUGUCGGGCCCCAUCGCCCCACACAUCGGCAACCUCACCUUCCUGACGGAGCUUCUCCUCAACAACAACAGUUUGACCGAAAAGAUCCCUCCCGAGAUUGGCCAUCUACGUAGGCUUCAACGUUUGUACCUCUCCAACAACUCGCUCACAGGGGAGAUCCCAUCAAACAUCUCAUCCUGCUCUGCCCUCACCAUAUUCCACGUUGGAAACAACGAAUUCGUCGGAGAGCUGCCGCGGUGGAGCAAUCGCAAGCUCCGUGGCUACUGGGUCUACAAGAACUACCUCACCGGAACAAUCCCUCCUUCCUUCGGCAACUUCUCGUCUCUCGAGACAUUCGCAAUCGGCGGCAACAGGCUGAGCGGAGAAAUACCUGAAUCUCUCGGCCGGCUGAAGAACCUCCAUACUCUGUAUCUCGACCUCAACAAUUUCACCGGCGAAGUCCCUGCUUCAAUCUACAACCUCUCCCUUCUCACCUAUCUGUCAUUCGGCACGAACAAUCUUCGUGGCACACUUCCAUGGAACCUCGGAACAUUGCUCCCCAAUCUUCAGAACUUCGCUACAUAUUCUAAUCAAUUCACUGGUAGCAUUCCCAUUUCCUUGUCCAAUGCAUCGAAUUUGGUCACACUUCAACUGGGUUACAACAAUUUUAGCGGGAGCGUGCCUAACAUGGCGAGAUCUCGCGGACUUGAUUGGUUUCUCAUCGACCACAACUUUCUUGGAGGUGGGGGUGCUGAUGAUCUGAGCUUUAUUUCUUCCCUGACCAAUGCCACGAGUCUGGAGAACCUGGCCAUUGGACACAACAACUUCGGCGACGUGUUUCCUCUGCAGUUUGGCAAUCUGUCGAGCAGGCUGAGACUUCUGCGGAUCGGUGGAAACAAAAUAUCAGGAAGCAUUCCAAGUGGGAUACAGAAUCUUAUCAACAUGCAGCUUUUCGAUGCAUCUCGCAACAGUCUGUCAGGUUCUAUUCCAACCAGCAUAGGGAAGUUGCAGAGCCUGGAGAGUUUGGAUUUGGGUCAUAACAAGAUUUCAGGAUCUGUUCCAUCAUCGAUUGGGAACUUGACCAGGUUGGUUCUGUUGAGCCUGGAGAGUAACAAUCUGGAUGGAGAGAUUCCUGCCUCUGUAGGAAACUGUCAGGAUCUCAUAUUCCUCGACCUUUCGAACAACGAUCUCAGUGGUUUCAUUCCUCAACAUGUCAUGGAGCUUACUUCCUUGUCAAGAUUGUUGAAUCUGUCUCAGAAUCAACUCGCUGGUGCUCUACCGGCGGAGGUCAGCAACCUGAAGAACUUGGGUUCUUUGGAUCUGUCUCAUAAUAUGCUGUCAGGAAGCAUUCCAGGGAAUCUGGGUAGUUGUCUUGGAUUGGAGAUGGUGAAUUUGAGAGGCAAUCUUCUACAAGGACCUAUUCCUUCUGGUUUGGGUGUGUUGAGAGGGAUUCAACAAUUCGACGUCUCGAGCAACAACUUAUCAGGUGAAAUUCCAGACAUUUUUCAGGAUAUGAAGUUUCUGCAGAUUCUGAAUCUUUCGUAUAACAAUCUAGAAGGUGAAGUGCCACAAGGAGGAAUGUUAAAGAAUGGUAGUAUCGUAUUAGUAAGUGGAAACAGCAACCUCUGUGGAGGUGUGCCUGAGCUUAAACUUCCACCUUGUAAUUAUUACUUCAAACACCUAAAGAAGAAGAAGGCAUUGAGCAGUAAGUGGAAGAUUGUUGCAUCAACAAUCUCCAUUAUGCUACUUUUUACUUUAACUAGUUCUUGCUUGCUUGUUAUCUGGAUUAGAAAGAGAAGAAAGCGAGGUUCGGUUUCUUCUGAUGAUUCAAUGCUGCAACUCUCUUAUCUAAGGCUCUACAAGGCCACAAAUGGCUUCUCCACAGCAAAUCUGAUUGGUAAGGGAAGUUUUGGUUCUGUGUACAGAGGAGUUCUUGAUCAGAAUGGGAGUACAAUUGCUGUUAAGGUAUUCAACCUUGAUCGUCGUGGAGCUACCAAGAGUUUCGUGGCAGAAUGUGAAGCCUUGAAGAACAUCAGACAUAGAAAUCUGGUGAGGAUAUUGACAGUGUGUUCAGGGGUUGAUCGUCAGGGGAAUGACUUCAAGGCUCUCGUCUAUGAGUUUCUUGCUAAUGGGAGUCUGGAAGAAUGGUUGCAUCCGGUGGAAAGGGCUGACGAGCCUCCGAAGAGCUUGAGCUUUCGCCAACGAAUGAAUGUCGCCAUUAACGUAGCUUCUGCACUAGAUUAUCUCCAUCACCAAUGCGAAAUGCCCAUUGUUCACUGUGAUCUCAAACCCAGCAAUAUUCUUCUUGAUGAGGACAAAGUAGGUCAUGUUGGCGAUUUUGGAUUGGCGAGGUUUCUUCGAUCAUCAAUCGACAAUCUUUCUUCAGCGAGCCAAACAUCAAGCACAAUUUGCAUAAAAGGAACAAUUGGCUAUGCUCCUCCAGGUAAGUACUCCACUUUGGAUGGAACGAAUUAUUAUAAAUUAUUUCAACUAUAUGAUGGUAUUCAGAGGCGGACCUACGGUGCUCCAAGGAUUGUCAACUGACAAACCUUAGUUUUAUGUUUGGAAUAAGCUUCAGUGAAAAUU